AUGAACAAUAUUUCUUUCCACUCUAGGGACAGUGUUGACCAAUGGAAGUAUGUCUACCAGAGGAGAAUUGCUCUUGAGAGAGAUUUGGGAAAAGAGGCUCUUGAAUGUUCUGAGAUUAUGGAUUUUAUCACUCAUGGUGGCUUGAUAAAUACUGUAUCUCGGUUUGGAAAAUGUUAUGAGGGACUUAUAAAGGAGUUUGUUGUUAAUUUCCUUGUGGAUUAUGCUGACCCCAGAAGUAAAGACUUUAGGAAAGUGUAUGUUAGAGGGAGAUGUGUUGAAUUCUCAUCGGCUGUUAUCAACAGAUAUAUGAACACAAUAGAAGAUGAACAAGGUGAACUGGAAGUAACAGAUAACCAGGUUCACAAAGUUAUAACUUCUAAUCAGCAUGCUGGCUCAUGCGCAAUAAAGAUGUCAAUUGCCUUUCCUACUCUCAUAUUUGGUAUUAUCCUAAGCCAACAUCCUGGGAUUCUUUGCGAUACUGAUGCAAUGCCCAAAAGGGAGUCUACACUAUCCCUUCAUUUUAAAUUGUUUACAAGUAAACAUGUCCCUGACAUUUCCAUGACAUCUGCAUCUACUGAGAACAAGACCUCAACCAAGGCUGAGAUGAUUUCUGAGCUUGUGGAGGUCUACAAAGAACUUGAUGGGGUUAUCAGGGUUAGCUCUGCAAGGAAGGAUAAGUUUGAAAAGAUGAUCAAGGAUCUGAAAAAGGAUGAUAGUGCGGAUGAGGAAGUGGACUAUGAAGGAGGAAAGUCGGAUGAUAAGGAAGACAGUUCUGAAGCUACUGAGUCUGCUGUUCCUGAAGACAGCUAG